AUAAUACGAGCAAUUCACAUGUAUCACAGAACCCAAUGCCAGUGGAACAAUAUUUUAGAUCAAGUAUUUUAUUGGGAAGAUAUUCUAUGUAAUCAAAGCAGCAGAGAUCGAUGCUUUAAAAGUUCUUUUAAGCCAUAUGGUCCAAGUAUCUUCAAACCAAUUUUUACUCCGAAAGUAGAGUGGUAUUGGCAUUGCAUGUUUCGUGACUGGGUUUUUCGUGCAGUUUGUGUGGUUCUUAUAAUAUUCAGUGCUGCUGUUGUCUGGUCAGAGUUGACAUUUUUCACACAAAGCCCAACUUUGUCCUUGUUUGCAUUAUUCAUGUCAUUUGCUAAAUACAAUUACCUUGCCAUUGAAGUUAUAUCAACUGCUACAAUAGCUUACUUGUGCAUCUGUGCUUACUACACAGUGUUUCGAAUAAGAAUAAUGAAUUAUUAUUAUUUGGCUCCUCAUCACCAAACUAAUGAAUACAGUCUUAUAUUUUGUGGAAUGUUAUUAUGUCGCCUUACUCCUCCACUUUGUUUGAAUUUUUUGGGAUUAAUUCAUCUUGACAGUCAUGUUACCAAAAAGUCUCUUAUUGAAGAAACAUCUUACACUAAAAUAAUGGGACAUAUGGAUGUAAUACCUAUAAUAUCAGAUGGCUUCAAUAUUUAUUUUCCAAUUUUGAUUUUCUUUGUUUGUUUAGCAACCUAUUUUAAUAUUUGUACUCGAGUUCUUCACUUUAUUGGCUUUGAACAAUUUAUUGGAGAUGACGAAAUGACUUCAGAUCUUAUUGAAGAAGGGAAAGAGCUAAUUAAAAGAGAAAAAAAUAGGCGACAGAGACUUGAAAGUGUAGAAAUUCGCAGGCGGCAAUCGAAUAGACCUAGCUCUAGCUUAUCAAGAAGCAGUAGACGUUCUACAAAACCAUCUGAUAUCAGUUUACUCAACUCUUCACCUGAUGAAAAUUCACGAAUAGAGCUUCUUAAAGAUAUAGAACCCAUAGAUUAUACUGAAGAACGCUCUACAAAUACAUUUGGUCGCUCUCCAUACCAAGAAGAAGCUGAUGAUAAUUACUUACAUUGGUCUCGAAUAGGAAGUCCUCCUGCUGGUAUAUUUGAUGAUGUUUGAACGUGUCGUAAACUGUAAAUAGCUGUAUUUAUUUUUGUAAAUAAUUAUUUCUUCACUUCUAGUGACUUCUAAAUAUAAAAUGUCUUUAAAUGAUAUUUAAUAUCCUCAAUAAUUUUCAAAUGAUAUUUAAUGUCCUCAAUAAUGUUCUCUUUUAGAUUUAUUAUGGUAAAGACUAUUUAUAUUCUGUUGUAAAUGGAUGGAAUUUGUAAUAAUAAGAAACACAUGAGGAAUAUAGGGUUCAAUGAGGAUUUCAAAAGCAAAUAGCAGUAUAUAUUUUUGAAAACCAAAUCAGUUAUGUCAAUAUUAUAUCCUAAAUUGUACACUUUAUCUGAAUGCCUUGAUCUUUUAUGCAUUUAUUUUGAGGAAUUUUUGUUAAAUCUAGUUUUUUUACUCAAAUUUUAAGUUAAUUAUUGCUAUUUUUCUCAUGUAAAUACUAUUCAAGGCUUAUGCUUAAUUUUAAGAA